CCCACCUCUAGAGCGUGCUGCCACCUUGUGCGAAUUGGCGCAAUUUAAACAAAAACAAGUAAAAAUCACAGUUGCAUUCGCCUGGAGGGACGCCAAAAGAUAAUCCCAACCGAUCCCAAGUGCCCGGAAGCUAUACAAACCGCCAACGCAUUAAAUCGGUGAUUCUGCUGCGAAGACCAAGCGAAGCAUCCAAGCGCAAUCGACAGCAAUGACGACACCGCUGCAGACGCGAAUGGCGUUGGCCGAGAUCCCGGACCGUUUGGAGGCGCUGCGCAUGGCCAACACCCCGACAAAUGCCAACCGGCGGACUCCGGAUGAGCCGACACCGGCGGCAGUGGUAAUAAACACACCGAACGCGAACGGGGGACUGGGCCUGCGGGUGGAUAACGAUGUGAAUGUGGUGCAGGCCCAGGACUUUGUCUUCUCACCGCUGCCCUCACCCGAUGAGUUGGUCAUCCGACAGCGCGGACGUCGUAGGUUUACCACCACAUUCUCUCCAGAUAAAGUGAAUGGAGGCGGCGGCAGUUCCAGCGGCUCUUCCAUGCGCAGUCCCUUCCAGCGUACGCCCACCAAGAACCUGCAACUGACCAGCGGCAUGAUCCUGCGCAGCUCGCCCAGGAAGCGCUUGACUAUGGGCAGCACACCUCCAGAGCCCAUGCCCAUGGAGACAUAUUCGCCCAUCAAAAUGGCCACCACCAAGCAACUGUGGCCGGGAACGCCGAUAGUGAAAAAGCUGAAGAUGGACGACCGACCGGUUGGGCAGACAAACAACGAUGUGGCGUUGCCUGUCCUGCUGCAGGGAUUGUCCCAACAGCAGCUUAUUGAAUUGAUAACGAACAGUGUGAACACUACCAGCGAUGAGGAGGAGAUCAGGAGGCAGCUGCCCACGCCAGACAUAAGCUCGCUAGAGCAGGAGCUGCACCAUGUGAAGCGGCUCAUCUUCAAGUCCCUGCCCACCUCUCGCCUGUGCAAGAAAACCGAUGCGGCGGCCUACUCGAAGGCGUCGAUGCAUCUCAACGAAUUUAAACGAGUACUGCAAUUGCAGGCCAAGCGACUGCACGACUCCAGCCACUGGGAUGCCCUGGUGGACUAUGUCAGCAUGGCCUGGCAGUAUGUGGCCAGCACCCCCAACUGGGAGAGCCAUGCGCACAAUGCGGUGCGGCGGCAGUGCUUCAAGCUGCUCGCCUGCUCCUGUUACGCGGCCAUCAAGCACGGCGGCAUGCGAUUGGGCCAGACGCGACUGGAGAGUCUGGAGCGGAAUUUGCGUGAAUGGUCCAAGGACUACGAGGACGUGCUGUCCUGUGUGAAUGCCUUGCAGCGUACGCUUAACAACCGUACCAGCCUGUAAGACACUGAGGAGACUAUAGACUUGCUGAACUCGAGGUUUAGUGGACCGAAAAUAGCAACUAAGGCGAAGUUAGCAUGUUAAAACUAUCUUUUAAUUUUGUUCCUCGAUAUGUUGUCCUUUUUAGAAUGCACGUAAGUUAUAGCUUCAUUAUUUAGUGAUCUAAGCGAAACGAAACACACGCUAUCGAACAGUCGGCUAGCUUUAUAAACUUGUAUUUAUUAACGCUUAAAUAUAUAUGCUUAGCAAGUA